CUUCCCUUUUUCUAUCUUUCACUUUCUCUCUCCCCACUCUCUUAAUUACUCUCCACCAUUCUAAAAACAACAACAACUCACACAUCCCAUCAUCUUCUUCCUCUUCAACCCACAAUUUUACACUAUUCACUCUUACAGUAUUUCCUUUCAAUUAUUUCAUCCAAUUAAAAAAGAAAAACCUUGAAAAAAUACAAAAAAAACCCAUCAAAUAAUGGACAUAGAAAGACCUCAUAGAACAACAAGCACAAGUACAAGUGAGCUCUUCAUUUGCUUCACUUCUCGCCUUUCUAAGUCUUCUUCUAUGCGACUCUCUUCCAAAUCUAUCCUCAGCCCCGCCCGUGCUGCCGCCGUCUCCGAUAUUAAAGGUUCUCUCUCCACCUCCAUCAGCCGCCGGCUCCGCCACAACGGUAGUGUUAGACGUGGAGCUCAAUCUCCAGCCAUGUUUCCCUCUUCAAAGAAAAACAAGGGGUCAUCUGGUUUUGCUGACAACCCCGAGCCUUCUUCCCCUAAAGUCACCUGCAUUGGUCAGGUUAGAGUGAAGACUAAGAAGCAGGGGAAGAAGAUGAAGAUGCGAGCUUGCCGAAGUAAGCGCUUAAGCAGCGGCGGCGGUGCUGGUGGUGGUGGAGAAACGAGUUUUCGACGAAUCGAACACUCUCAUUCUCAUGAAGGGACAAACCAAGGACUCCAGAAUCAGCAAAAUCAACAAGAAUGUGGUUUGAAUCAUAGGAAUCAAAGGUGGGUCCAUCUUCCAUUGACAAUAUGUGAAGCUUUGAGAACAUUUGGGUCGGAGUUUAGCUGCUUUUCCCCCUGCAAAUCGUCUUGUUUUAGUAGUGGUGGUUUUUGCGGCGGUGGGGGAGACAAGGGGGAGGAGAAAGAAACCCCAUCUCCGACUUCAUGUGCUGUGUUUCGGUGGUUAGUAUCUUUACAAGACGGAGAAGGCGACGGUGACGGCGGAGGGAAGAGGAGGAGGGAUAUUGAAUUGGUGGUGGGAGGUGAGGAAGAGGUUGAGAAUAGGGUGAUGAUGAUGGAAAGGGACUGUUCUAGAAGGCGGUCGAUAUUUGAUGAUAUGGAGUUUGAUGAUUUGUUUACUAAUAACAAUUUGAAGAAUAAUGAUAAUAAUGGAAGAAGUGGUGAAAUUAUUGAUAAUGAUGUUGAAUAUGAUUGUGAUGAAAAGGGUGGGAAAUUAAGUGUAUGUGUUCCUCCUAAGAAUGCAUUGUUGUUAAUGAGGUGUAGAUCUGAUCCGUUGAAGAUGGCUUCUCUUUCAAGGAAGCUUUGGGAGGUUCCUCUUCCUCAACCAGAUGAUGAUGUUGUUGAUGAUGAUGAUGAUGAUGGUGUUGAUGAUAAUGUUGAACAUGAGAAUGAAGAAGUUAAGGUAGUCGAGAGGGAAGUUGUAUUGGAUGGGAAAAUAGAGGAAAUUGGAGAAGUGGAAACAGGGGAAAUUAAGGAACUUAAAACAGGGGAAAUUAGGGAAGACGAAACAGAGGAAAUUAUUGAGGUAAAAACAGAAGAAAUUGUAGAGGAAAUCGAUCAGGUUUUGGAAAAUUUUGAAGAUUUGCGGGUAUUCGCCGGUGAAGAAAAGAAUGAAACGGAGGAAAAACUGAUUAUUGAAAACAGAGAAAUGUUAGAAGAGGAAAAAUGUGAAACUUUGGAAGAAACCCAGUUGAUUGAAGAUGAAAUUGAUGCAGAUGAGUGUUUAAUUGAGGGGUUAUUGGUUGAAGAGAAGGUUGAAGAUGAUAAGAAUGAGCAAGAUUUGGUUGCAAUUAAUUUAGAGGAAUUACUUCAAAUAUUAGCCAAGGCGGAAGAAGAAGAGAGAGAAAGUGUUGCAUUAUUAGAAACCGACGAACUUUCAAUUGUUGACGAAGAAAAGGAAAUAGAAAGAGAAAGAGGUGAAAGCAGUGAGAUAUCUGCAUCUUCUUAUUCUUUGAAUUCUUCAGAAGAGUCAACAGCCGAGUCAAAAGAGAGAGAAGAUGAGGAAGAACAAGAACAAGAGAAAGACCAGGUUGAAGUUGUUGUUGAAGAACAAGAACAAGUACAAGUUGAAGAAGACGAAGAAGCAAGAAAGUCAAUGGAAGGAGAAAAUAAUAAGAAGAAAACUUUGCCAGAUUGUUUGUUUUUAAUGAUGUGUGAGCCUAAGGUGUCAAUGGAAGUGUCCAAAGAAACAUGGGUAUGUAGCACUGAUUUCAGUCGGUGGUUACCAGAGCGCCACCAGAAGAAGGUGGCUAAUAAGGCGGCUGUGGCGGCGAUGCCUCCUCAUCUUGUCAAACCUCAACGUUACGAACAAGCGGCUCAGCCUCCUAUUCAGCCAGGUAGGUCUUCAAUAUCUUUCCCAGCCAGUGGUGGGUCCGUGGCAAACUUCAUAGAGCAGAAGCGAGUGAAAGGCGGCGGCGGCGGCGGUUACGAGCCGUUCGUUUUGACAAGGUGUAAGUCGGCGCCGUUAAGAUCAGCCGCUAAGAUUCCGGCACCGGAGAUAGCUUGCAGCUUGUGGGGAAGAGAGAAUGGUCGGAAACUGGAGUCGCAUCGUCCGGCAACAUUUGGCGUUGGCUUCUGAAUUCCGGUGAGAUUAACGGCUAAAAUUGAAGGUUUGGGAAGUGUGUCUCUGCCACGUGGACUUGGUCUUGGUCUUGGUCUUUGUCCGUUGUGGGGCCCCGUAACAAAAGCUGUUGUGAUGACAGGUUUUUGUUUGUAAAUUCUUUUGGGGUUUUCUAGACAGAAUCACAGAACUAGUUUUAAUUAA